AUCUCCCUCUUCAGGGAUUCUAUUUCUUCCUCAGCACCAUGGUGGGUGCUCAUGCUAUGGAGCUGAGACUGAAGGAUGGGAGCUACUACUGCGAGGGGAGAGUGGAAGUGAAAUACCAAGGAAAAUGGGGCACAGUGAAUGAUUACAUAUGGAACUUGGAGGCUGCACAUGUGGUGUGCAGACAGCUGGGAUGUGGAGAUGCUGUUGAUGCUCCCAGAGGGGCCCACUUUGGAUCAGGGCGUGGGCCUAUUUGGCUUGCAUAUAUUGUUUGUAAAGGGACAGAAUCAACUCUCAAUGACUGUAGUCAUUCUUUUUUUCAAGACUAUCAGAAGCGACUCUUCUCCCAUAGUCGGGAUGCUGGAGUAGUCUGCUCAGGAUUUGUGCGUCUAGUUGGAGGCGAUGGACCCUGCUUAGGGCGGGUAGAAGUGCAUUCUGGAAAAGACUGGGUUCCAGUGUCUGGUGGGAACUUCACAUUACUUACUGCCCAGGUCAUCUGUGCAGAGCUGGGGUGUGGCAAAGCAGUGUCUUUCCAGGGGAAUGUGUCCUUAAGAGAGUCAGAUAGACGAGUCUGGCCUGAAGAAUUCUGGUGUAACGGGCAGGAACCUGAGCUCAGGUAUUGCCACAAAAAGUCCUGUCCAGGAGGUGCUUGCCACCAUGGGGCUGUUCAAGUUUUCUGUUCAGUGUACACAGAAGUUCGGCUCAUGAAAAAUGGCACCUCUCAGUGUGAGGGACAAGUGGAGAUGAAUAUUUUUGGAAGCUGGAAACCACUCUGCGCUGCACACUGGAGUAUGGCCAAUGCCAAUGUUGUUUGUCAACAGCUUGGUUGUGGAGUUGCCAUCUCGACUCCAAAAGAAGCAUACUUUGUGGAAGGAAGUGAUCAGAUAUGGGAAGAUCGAUUUCACUGCUCAGGGGCUGAGUCUUUCUUGUGGAAUUGCUCUGUGACUGCCCUUGGCAUUCCUGGUUGUGCUCAUGGAAACACAGCCUCAGUGAUCUGCUCAGGAAACCAGACCCAGGUGCUGCCCCAGUGCAACGACUCUGUGUCUGAGGAGAGUACUACCAGCUGCUCAGAGAGCAGACAGCUCCGCCUAGUGGACGGGGGUGGUCCCUGCGCUGGCAGAGUGGAGAUCCUUCACCGGGGCUCCUGGGGCACCGUCUGUGAUGACAACUGGGACCUGGACGAUGCCCACGUGGUGUGCAGACAGCUGGGCUGCGGAGAAGCUCUCAAUGCCACAGUCUCUGCUUACUUCGGGGCGGGAUCAGACCCAAUCUGGCUGGAUGACGUGCAGUGCACUGGAAAGGAAUCCUACAUUUGGAAGUGCCGCUCCCAGGGCUGGGGGCAGCACAACUGCAGGCACAAGGAGGACGCAGGGGUCAUCUGCUCAGACUUCCUGAAACUCAGGAUGGUGAGCGAGGACCAGGAGUGUGCUGGGUGGCUGGAAGUUUUCUACAAUGGGACCUGGGGCAGUGUCUGCCACAGCCCCAUGGCGGCCAUGACUCUGUCCAUCAUCUGUAGACAGCUUGGCUGUGGAGACAGUGGGACCCUCAACUCUUCCAUAGUUCCCAGGGAAGGUUCUAGACUUCGAUGGGUGGAUCAAAUCGAGUGUCGGAAAACUGAUUCCUCUCUCUGGCAAUGUCCUUCUGACCCCUGGAGACACAACUCAUGCUCUUCAAGAGAGGAAGCUUAUAUCUCGUGUGCAGGAGUGAGACCCAAGAGCUGUCCGACCGCUGGCCCCUGCACAGGCAAGGAGAAGCUCCGACUGAGGGGAGGAGACACGGUGUGCUCAGGGCGAGUGGAGGUUUGGCACGAGGGUUCCUGGGGCACAGUGUGUGAUGACUCCUGGAGCCUGGCAGAGGCCGAGGUGGUGUGUCAGCAGCUGGGCUGUGGCUCUGCCCUGGAUGCCCUGCAGAAGGCGGCAUUUGGGCCAGGAACUGGGAACAUCUGGCUGGAUGAGGUGAAAUGCAGGGGCAGGGAGUCCUCCCUGUGGGAUUGUGCUGCGGACCCCUGGGGGCAGAACGACUGCAAGCACGAGGAUGAUGCUGGAGUGCGGUGCUCUGGUGUCCAAAUCCUAUUGGUUUUAUUCUCCUUAGGGAUCAGACAAGGCCCAAGUCUUGUCCAUGACAUCUUCUCCCUGUCUGAGAUGUUCUGCUUCAUCCUGGGGGCCCUUCUCUUCCUGGUCCUCGUCAUCCUGGUGACUCAGAUGUGCAGAUGGAGAGCAAAGCAAAGAGCCUUCCCCAGUUUCAGAUAUGUUCUUAAUGAGGCUGAGUAUGAGGAGAUCGAUCAUGUUGUGACAACGAAGGAAGAUCUGCUGGACAGCACUGCUCAGAGGACUGAUGCCCCCAGUGAGGGUUAUGAUGCUGAAGACCUACCAGUGCCUGAGACUGCCCCUGCCUCUUGGAUGAGGAAGGGGGAAGUGCCCCCAGAGGAGGAAAAUGGGAUGAGGGCCUUUCAGGCAGGCUCUUCUCUACAGCUCUCUAGAGGAGUAGCUGGACCUGAGAAAGGAGAAGAUAGUCCCUGGCUGCUCCAGGGGGAAGGGGACCCUGGGUAUGAUGAUACUGAACUAAAUGUACCUUAA